UGGCAAUAUGUUUUAGAUAGUCUGCUCAUUGUUUCUGCUUUUCGGAUGAAAUGUACGGUUUUGAAUCCGUGUUUGUUCGGCAGAGUAUUGUAAUCUUUAUAUAUUUUUUAUGUUUCUUUCUUAAAUUGCCUUAAGUAUUAACUAAAACCUUUCUUAGAAACGUAAAGUUUCAUUAAAACUAUUUUAUGGAAGUUGUAGCGUCCUUAAACUGAAUAGACAUUGAUUAAGCGGAAAAGCGUUGCUUUGAAUGCUACACCAUUUUCUUGUUCAAGAUGAAUAAUCUAGACGAACUUGCUUCAAUUUGCUCUGUAUUAUUUACAUCUUAUAGCGAUGAUGAAAAAUCGUCUCCUAAAAACGCUUUGUUUGAUCCAAAUAAAUCCAAAUCAAACAUGGCUCUAAAUUUCACGUGUAUCGACGACAUACGAAAUCUACAUAUCAAAGGACUCGUAGAAAAAUUUUCUGAACCGACAUCAGAUGAAAUUAAGAGGCGUUAUUCUUACAAAUGCAUGAUUUUACCCGACGAGUGUGACACUGUAUAUGAAAGCUAUGGUAGUGAAAAAAAAGCAUGUGACAGUAUGAGACAUCACUUGCAACUUCAUUUACAAGACUUAGAAGACAGAAUAUCAAGCGGUCAGUGGCCGCCUAAAACAGAUGAAAAGAAAGUUUUGCGCCCACCAAAAGGUUCUAAAAGAUCUUUGAAGUACGAACAUCCUUUAGGUAUCAAAAUGCCGCGUAAGAAGCACUCCAAAAAGACCCUUCCAAGAGAGAGAAACAACGGAUUGCGCAAACCACCAAAGUUGAAAAUCCCUGACUGUCAUAAAUUAAAUAAUUCAAUGAAUUCUAAACACACUGGAUUCCUCGUGAACCCUAAGAUAGAGCCCAAUGAAGAAAAUACUGUCGUCGAAGAAAUAGUUCAAGAUCUGACUGUCGAGAUUUGCGGGCCCUUGUGCCCUCAUGUUAACUGUUCACUUUCUGAGCCAUCCACCUCUGCCAAAACUGACAAUUCUAAUGACCUGGUUGUGCAAUCCGUCGCACUCGAGCACAGUUAUGCUUAUAAAAAAGGUAUUAAACCUUCGGAAGAACAUUCCCCUCCCCACAAGAAUGGACGAUCAUCGUACAGGAAAGGAUGCUGCAUACCCACGGAUCUCGUGAUCAAAACGCCACCCUUCCCGUACGUUCAUGUGCCCCUUCUUCCCGACUGUGCGGGCAUCGAAUUAGUGAUUAUGGAAGGGGAAUUUCUUUCGGAUCUCCGAGAAACAGGCGGCGGCGAUGACCCCGUCGUGACGGUGAAACAAUCGAUCAAAAGAGCGAGAAUUCCCAGUUCGGUUCUGGAAUGCGUCGAGAACAGAGUGGACGUCUCCACGACGAUGCGUGUGCCGAACAGUCCGAGUCUCUCCCCGGAGCACAGCAACGAGGAGAAUGCGGAGAACGUUCAGAAGGCGGAGAGAGAGAAGGCUCUCAGGUGCAUUUCAAAGCUGAAGGCAAAGAAAAAGAAACAGUACCAGGGACCUUUAGAGUGCCAGAUUUGCAAACAUAAAAAGUUCACGGCGCUCGCAACUUUGAUUCAUCAUUACAGGAGUCACGCGGGUAUAAAGCCCUACUCUUGUAAACUGUGCGAGGGUACUUUCACUCGAAAGCACAGCUUAAAUUAUCACAUGUUGAUUCACAAAAACAUAAGUCGCUUCACGUGUCCGAGUUGCUUCCGUGCUUUCAGGCACCCUAGUCAUUAUAAGGAACACUUGAGGCGCCACACGGGAGAGACACCUUUCAUUUGUCCUACCUGUUUAUUGAAAUUUAAGACGAGAAAUACGUUCAAGAGACAUUUAAAGAUUCAACAUAGAAAGUUACUCACAGCUCAUGGAAUUUUAGAUCUUCCUACUUUGGAGGCCCCCUGAUCUGAUGCAUUUUUAAAUUAUUUUCAUUUGACCAUUUAACCAUGCAUGUUACAUUUUAUUUCAUUUUAACGUGUUUGUCUAUUUGCUCUGCAAGGAUAUUUUGUAUAUUGCAUCUCAUUAUAAGUAUUGUUCAUAUUGAAUUUUUUUCUCUAAUAUUUUUGCAUUUAUUUUGUGAUGAAUGACGUGCUUAAUAAUUGUUUUUUUUCUUUCUGAUUUCUAUCAAUUCAGAGACUUAUUGAUUAAACAUUGUUUUAAUUUUUUUUAUUAAACUUUAUUUUUCGUACAGUGUUAACGAUGGCUGUACGGCUACAAUGUACUAUUGUAGCAAUGUUUAUAACGGCUAGAAUACAAUGACUGUAAGAAAGUAAAUGGUAAAUAUUUUCAACUUAAAAACUAUUUGUUACCCGUAUUAUCAAUUUUUUUAGGUAUAAAAAGUUACUCGAUUGUAUAUCUAUACCUGUAACACUUGUAUAUUUACUGAUUUGAUCAUUUUUGAGCCUUUUAAUGUUAAUGAGCAUUGUGAUUUUUAGUUUUGUAAAUAUUUAUUUCUCAUUGACCUAAGAAAUUAAAAAAAAAUGAUAAAAUGAAA